AUGAAGUGUGUAUCAGAUGAGGUGAUCGACUUGAUCUCGAAGUUGAUCGUCGUUGACGUGGACGAUCGCAUCGAUGUACAUGGCGCUCUCAGUCACACAUACAUAACGCAAAAUAUCAGCCCGGACGAGCUCCGCGCUCAGAAAACUUGCCCAUUCAAGGUUAAAAUGGAUAUGGCGGCUGUAGAGACGCUGACACAUCAAGAGCUCACCGAAGCGUUGAAUAGGGAUGUACCUUCAGCCGACUGCUCGCUUUACUCAAGGCACUCUGGAGGUUGGUCUAUGGCUAUGUGCUCACUGCUAAGUUCUGAAGGCUCGAAAAACUCCACGGAAUGCUCGUCGGCCGAGUCGGAAGAAGGGAGCGGUACGAGAUGCGAGUUCGGCGGAGGCCUAAGUCCUAUUAUGACUGCACUCUAA